AUGAUUAUGCUCACAGCUACCAACUAUACGCUGUGGAAACCUCGGAUGGAAGAUUUCCUCAACUGUAAAGAGCUCUUUGACCCAAUAGAGCUGAAGGGUAUUAACCAUGAUCCGUCCAAGGCGUUAGAAUGGAAGAAAAUCAGUAGAAAAACUAUUGGUCAAAUCCGACAAUGGAUUGAUCAUAGUGUCUUCCAUCAUGUUGCGCAAAAAACCGAAGCAUAUGUCCUUUGGAGGAAGUUGGAGGACAUGUACCAGGCCAAGACCGCUCGAAAUAAGGCCUUAUUGAUGAGGCGCUUAGUCGAUAUGAAGUUGAAAAGUGGAACUUCUAUUGCCGAGCAUACUAGUGAGUUCCAGAGCCUGGUAAAUCAGGAUGCCUUAUUCAAUGAAGAGGCAAGAAGGAAAGACAUGAGCACAGAUCAGACUCAUGCCCUUGUGAUGGAGAAUCGAGAAAGACCACAAGGCAAGCAACAAAGAAGCGGUAGAGGGAAGAACAGGGGUAGAAGCAAGGGGAGGCAAUCAGAUGAUCAGAGAUCACAUGUAUGCUAUCAUUGUGGUCUAGAAGGUCAUAUGAAGAAGAAUUGCUAUAAAUGGCUCGAGGAGCAGGGCAAGAGCAAUUCUCAGCCGAAGAAUAUCUCAGCAGAAGAACAAGGGCAAUGGUGGUGA